GUGAGGGUAGGCCUGGCCACACUGGCUUCAACAGGGAUCUUGGGGGGAGUUCGUCUCCUAUCUGUGAUUGCCCUUGAGCCAGCACCACAGGAAAAGCUCCCCUGUCAGUGCCUGCGGCCGCGGACCCAGCGUCCUCCGAGUGACCACCUGUAAUCUGCUGAUUGCACUGUGAGAACCACUGACGUAGUGCAGUACCCAUCGGUAUGGGAACUUAGUCCAUUUUAGUGGAUGAUGAUGCUAAUUUUCACACAUGAUCAUAUAUUUAGAGCCAGAAGGGAUCUUAGAGAUCAUGUAAUCCAACCCCCUCAUUUUAUAGAUGAGGAAGCUAAGGCCCAGAGAAGUAAAGUGACUUUACUACCUAUUGACCUUGGACAAGUGACAGAACCAGGAUUUGAAUGAAGACUAUCUGACUCCAAAUCCAACCCUCUUUCCACUGUGCCACAUCAGAUUCUUUGGAAAGAGUCUCUAUAGGAACUGAAAUCAACAACCACUAUUCAUCAAAAUGCAGUGGAAUUUAGUACGGACUGUCUCUCGGAUGGCAAAUAGGACAUGUUUGGUCUCACAUGGGGCUGGUUCUAUUGGGCAGUCUCAAAGAAUAAAAGGAGUCUUAUAUAAAGCUUGGCCCAAGAUUAUUUUGGUUCAGUGUCCUCAAAACCACUGGCUACAUGUAUCUUCUACACAGCAUAUCUCAAAGGAAAAGAAGGCAGUAGAUGUUUCUCACCAUAAACAACAAAAAGAAGAAACUUCACCAGAGAUGGUUAUAUCAUCCCGAGGAACUGAGAAAAAGGAAGAUCUUGAUCCUUUACAAGACAAAUCUAGUAAUCUUUUUCAGCGAUUUAAGAAAACAUUUAGACAAUAUGGAAAAGUUAUGAUUCCAGUACACUUAGUGACUUCCAGUAUUUGGUUUGGAACAUUUUAUUAUGCAGCCUCAAAAGGAAUGAAUGUUGUUCCUUUUCUGGAACUCAUUGGGUUACCAGACAGCAUAGUGGAUAUUUUGAAAAAUUCCCAAAGUGGAAACGCAUUAACUGCAUAUGCCCUGUUUAAGAUUGCAACACCUGCCAGAUACACUGUGACUUUGGGAGGAACAUCCAUUACUGUCAAGUAUCUUCGUAGCCGUGGCUUCAUGUCAACACCACCUCCGGUUAAAGAGUACUUACAAGACAGAAUGGAGGAAACAAAGGAGCUUAUUACAGAAAAAAUGGGAGAAACAAAAGAAAGACUCACAGAAAAAUUACAGGAAACCAAAGAAAAAGUUUCAUUUAAGAAAAAAGUGGAAUAGGAAGUCUUGUGUGCCAGGCCACAAAAAAAUCACGCACUUUAACCCUGAGGAGACUAUGGACAAAAAUACUUUCUCCUAAUUAUACCUUUGGUUAGCAGUCUUGAAAUACUAGUGCUCCAAGGGUUAAAGAGGCCAAAAAAUCUUUUUAAAGUUAAAUAUCACUAGAAAAAUCAGUGUUUUCAUGCAAAGAAAAAAAUGAACCCAAUGUACUAAUUUCAUAUCAGCAGCAGCAUAAGUAAUGGUUAUAGUUUUGUGUCAUGAUGAUUUUUCAAAGUCUUCAAUAUCUUUCUUGCAGAUAGUUUUGCUGCCUGCUGUAAUAAUGACAGACUAAGCAGUUUACUUCUUAUAUAAGAAAUUUCUCUUAUAGAAAGUAUGGCUCUUUUGGGAUCAUGAUCUUCAUGUUAUCCAACCAUAAUCAGUUCUCAACUUAGAGAGCUCUUAGCACCAUUUUUGCCAAUAAAUGAGGGUGUUUUUUAAUGGUUUCUCAAAAAUCUCAGAAGUCUUUCACUAUUAAAAAAAUAUAACAAGAUUAGGCCAUUCUAAUAACCAUCUAACAGUUAAAACUUUAAUUUUUUAUGAAGUAAGUUGAAUUAAAAUUGAGACUAUAUGUAAUAAAAGUGAAAUAUACUGAUUAUAUAUAAAUUACUAAACAGAUUGAUAUUUUAAAAAUAAUUUUGUCUAAAAAUCUGUGUGAGUCAAAUUUUUCAAAGUAAGUAUGUAUGUCUGCAGUUCCUUUAGAGAUUUCAGUAAGUAGAGGUCACCUAGUAUAUAAAAUUUUCCUUUAAAUACAUUUUUCUUUUCAUCAACUAACUUCUCAGAGUAAAAAUGAAAGUAAUUAUACUUGCUGAUAAUUUUGCUGCUAAAAUCAGAUACUCAUAAAUUGUGCCUCGUAUUUGUGAUCCUUAGCUGAAUAAGUUCUGAAAGUAGAGAAAGUGACCAGACUCAAUAGGCACCCUUACAAACAUUGGUUAAAAGUUGUCAUAUUUUAACUUGCAAGUGCUACUGCAACCUCCAUUAAGAAAACAUUAUUAGUGUUCAUUUACUUAUUAAUCUUACCUUUUGGCAUAAAUUUCCCAGGUAGAACAUUUUGCUCGAAAUUUUGUUGGAAGAAUUGUGCCAUUUCAUAUUGUCUUCAGUGGCAGUGACUAGAGGGGAAAUCAGCCAUUGUCAGAUACUCAAAAUGCCAUGAUGGGUAUGGGUGUGUUUCCUUUGCACAACUAAUAAUUGGCUUUAGGUCUGUGUGUAUUUUUUUAAUUGAUAUUUGGAGGAUAUGGAUUCUGUUCAUGUCACAGUUACAUAUUUGAUAAGACAAUAGAAUUGAGUUGUUAAAGCUAUUAUCCCUAGUUGUGCCCUGACCAUUAUUGCCAUUUAUGUCCACUUAAUUAGAAUAUUUUGACUCCCCUGGGGCAUCAUUAACAAAACUGAACUUGACAAAGAAGGAAUAUUUAUAUACAUUAGCCUAGGCACUGUAUUAGAACACUUUAUGAAUUAUUAUUCCAAAAACUUUCUGUGAAGAUUGCAGUUGGGAUAGUCCUUUUUUAUUCCUGAAAUGCAGAGACUUUAAGUCAUCUUUUGUUUCUGCUGGCCUAAUAUAAUACUUCAGACUGAAAAGGGUACAUUUUUUGAAAGUUUUAUUUUUAAUUAACAAGUAUUUGUUUUGUUUCCCCUCACUUCCCCUCUGAUCUAAAAACAAAACAAAAACAUUGUAACAACAAAUAUGAUUUGUCAAGAAAAACACAUUUAUCUUCCAAAAUAUGUGUGUCUUAUUCUGUAUCUUGAGUACUUUACCUCUCUGCCAGGAGGUAAGUAUAAUGCUUCAUCAUUUAUCCUCUAGAUUCAUGAUGAUUGGUCAGAGUUCCUAAGUCACUGAAAGUUGCUUAUCUUUACAGUAUUGUUGUUUUAGUAUAAGUUGUUCUGAUGCUGCUCACUAACUCUGCAUCAGUCAUUGACAAAGCUUCCCAAGUUUCUCUGAAACCAUUUCUUUUAUAAUUUCUUAAAAUACGCAAUACUAUUCCAUUGCAUUUAUAUUAUCAUAAUUUGUUUAGCCAUUCUCUAGUAGAAGGAUUCCUGCCUUAGUUUCCAAUUCUUUACCUUUAUCAAAAGAGCUAUUACCAAUAUUUUUGUACUCUUGGCCAAUCAGUCUAUCACCAAGCAUUUGUUAAGCGAUUGUGUACCAGGCACUGGGUUAAGUAGUCCAUACUCAAAACAAGCUUACAAAAUAGAGGAGACAGCCAGUACGUAUAAUAUAUCUGCAUGUGUGUUUAUGCACAAGAGUAUUUAAGUACACACAGUAUAAUGUUAAUGAAAACAUAAUAAAUACACAAGUUAAAUGCAAAGCAGUUUGUGUGGGAGUGAUCAGGAAAGAAGACUUCAUGCAGAAAAUGAUGCCUAACCUGCAUCUUUAAAUGGAGAUGGACUCUGAAGUGAGAUAAGGAGGGAGUAGAUUCCAGGGCUGGAGACCCACAGUACAGACGCAGAAGAGGCCAUGUUGCUAGUGAGGAAGAGAAAGAAGGUCAGUUCACAGAGUACGGGAGGGAAAGUAAUGUCCAGUGAGCUUUUGUGGGUUAGUGCUAUCUGUCGGUUAAAGGAUUUACACUGGUUAGUGACUUUGAGGGGGCUAGUUCCAAACUCUUUUCCAGAAUGGCUGGACUGUUCAGAGCUCCACCAGCCAUACAUCAGUGUGUCUGUUUUCUGAGAGCCCCUCCAUUAUUUAUCAUUUUUUGUCAUUUUUGCCAAUCCUGGUCUGAUAUGUGUUGAACCUUAGGGGGGCUGUAAUUUCCAUUUACCCAAUAGUAAUUUGGAUCCUUUUUUCAUGUAAAUAUCAAUAGCUUGGAUUUCUUCUUUUGAAAACUGGUUGUUCAUAUCCCUUGACCAGUUAUUAAGGAAUAGCUAAAAGUAUAUUUUAAAAAAACUAAAAGUAGCGUUGUUUGUCAGCAUUUUAAGUAACCUUAAAUUGAAUACAAUUUUUUCAGGAGAAUUUUAACAUUUUUCCAGAAAGAAAGAUACUAAUUGGUUAGUUCUUCAGUCUUAGCUUUAAGUUUAUAUUCUGCUUUUAUGUAACGUGCCAUAUAAAACCCGCAGUUCCUUUUUUCUAAGACUCACUUAGUUUUCACAUCAUGCAACAUACUUUAUUGUGUAGUCCUACUUUUUCAAUGGGGAAACUAUUCAUCACCUUUGGAAGUUUAAGGAAUGUUUCCGAUGUCAUAUCUUUUAUUACUCUGGAAAUAGAAUCCCCUUUUCCUGAGAUUUUUUAGUUUAUUUAUUUCAAAGUUUUGAAUUCUUCUCCUCUGCAAUUUUUCUCAAGUACAAAAUGAAAUACAGUCUGUAGUUGCUUUGAAAUGGUCUCAUAAAAUUCGUAAAUUUGUAGGAAGUACUAUUAUUGCUUUGCAUUGGAAAUGAUUUAAGGAUACUGUUAUUAGUGUAGUACAAGAAUACAGUCCAGAUUACAAAUAAAAUAAGACAUCUAUAUCCUGUUAAAUUGGAAUAUUAAUAGCAGGCAAAAUGGCUAGCAUAUUACAGUGGAAUACUCCUGAAUGUCCAGUGUAGUAAAGCAUCUGUAGUAAAACCUUAAUCAUAGUGUUCCUCAACUAAAUUGGAACUCCUAUUAGCUCCUUUAUGGUACCUACAAGAAGUUAGGCAGAGGGAUUUUCUGCCUAAGAUCAGAACUCCCACAGUGAAUAGGGCAUCUGCCCUGAAGUCAAGAGGCCUGGGUUCAAAUUUGGCUUCAGCUGCUUUCUAGCUGUGUGAUUCUGGACAAGUCACUUAACUUCAUUUGCCUAGCCUUUGCACGUCUUAGAAUUGUUACUGAGAUAAAAAGUCGGUUUUUAAAAAACCUCCCACAUUUAAUUAAGAGAAUUGACUGAAGCAAAGGAGAGGCCAGUUUACUUUUUGCACUAUUGAUGAGAAAAGGGUUUGCUCAGCCAAUUAGUGGAGAAGAAGGAAAAAAACAAUUGAGAAGGCUAUUUAUUAUAAAAGUGAAAACAGAGCUGCUAGGCAUGAUGCACAGGUCUCAUCCGCAGUCCUAAGAGACGCCUAAAACUGGUAGACUGCUUAAGUUUAGGAGUUCGAAAGCCUCAGAAUAGCUCAAGCCAAAUGGAUCUCUGUGCUAAGUCUGACAAAUAUGGUUAGCCCACAGGAGUGAAGGCCUACCAGACUGCCCAGUGCAGGGGCAGUGUAGAGUUGAAUUAGCCCAGUUGGAAAAACAACAAAGCAAAGGUUUUUUGUCAGUCAGUAUUGGGAUUAAAUGGCCCAUGAGUGGCUUUUAAUUUCCAGUGUGGACGAGAUUGGAGACACAGUCUGAAAAAAACAAAAACAGCAAGCAAAAAACCUUAAAAAUCCAAAGCUUUCAAAAUCACCUAUUACUUAGCAAUUAUCCUAUACAAAAAAAAAAAUUUUUUAAUACAAAUUAUAGAUUUUUAUAUAAGGGAAAUAAAGUAAAUAUUGACAUUUACUUAGACUUGAAAAUAACAAAACUUUACAAACUUUCAAAUGAUCUGUAGUUCAUUAAUUUUUAAUAGAACUAACCUUUUAUUACAUUUUUUUUACAUGUUAUAUUUUGAUGGUUUUGUCUUUAUGGUCAUAAUUUCUCACCCUCUCUUUAGAAAAAAAAAAAAGAGAUGGGGUGGGGGGAGACAUCCUAGUCAGAAAUGGUGCCUGUUUUCUGUUCCUCUGGUUCUCAUAAUCUAUUCUAGCACCCCUCUGCCCCACUUUUUUGUCAUGAAGGAGGAAAGCUAUUUUGUUACCUCUUCUCUAAGGUCAUCUUUGGAUUUCCAUUAUUUCAGCAUUUAGCUUCCUUUUAAUGAUCAAUUUUCAUUUACACUGACAUCAUUCUAGGCAUUAGUCUCGGAAUUAAGUCUCUUAAGAGCUUGAAAUAAACUGGAGACUAGUGAUAAAGGAUUACUAAACAUUUUAAGAUAUAAAAUUUGUUUAUUUAGCUCUACAUAAGUUCAUCCAAAUCUCGGUUUAAUUGCUCAAAGCUUUUAUUUUCCAUUUAGAGUAACAUUUCAUUAUAUUCACAUAUCAUACGCUUUUCAAUUGUUUCCCAGUUGAUAGACAUCUAUAUUAUUUCUAGGUCUGUACUACCACAAAAGGUACUACCAAGAGUAUUUUGGUAGAUAUUGGAUUUUUGUGUUUUUUUGACUUCUUUGGGGCAUGUGUCAAGUAGUUUCUCUGACCCUAUUUAUUUCCAGUCACCUAAGGUUAAAGUAGAAUUAUUGACUAGUGCUGAUUAAGCUUUCUCUUUCGUUGACAUUUUCCCAAGGAUGUGGAAAAAUCUGAUAGUUUUGAGUAGGAGUGGUUCAGAAAGAGGGACAAGUUGUAUAUUCAUAGAUGCGAUCUCAUUUCUUUUUGUUUCUUUUAUAUGGCAAUCCACAGAAUUUGUAGAUACAAUCAUAAAGUAUCCCAAUGGUUAGAGUAGGUAAUGUACCUUUUAUUUUAGGAAGUUGAGGUUAUUUCCUAAUUUUUCCAGAUGUUUGAUGAAAUUUAGAUCUCUGGAGUAAUACCAAAAACUUCUCUCAGUCUAGUUCACCUUCCACUAUACUAUUCCUUCUAAAAAGAUUUAAAUCCAUGUGUCUAGGGGAGAUUGCUACUUUAAAGUGCCCAGCUUCCAUAACCACUAAGACAUGUCCAUCUCGUGGUCUGUAAGUCCUUGUGAAAGGGUCUCCAGUGUUACUUAGCUGAUUCAGGCUGGACUUGAAUAUGAAGCCCAUCUGCUUCACUAGCAAGAAGUCAUCCAGGCUCUCACAAUUUUUCAAGGCAGUCCAUUCCAUUUUGGGAAAACCAGUUUUUAAGAAAUUGUCCCUUCAACCAAAAUCUGCCUUAAUUUUCUACCUUUGCUCUGGCUCUGCCCUCUAAAAGGAAGUAGAAUAAAUCUAAUCUUAACCCCUUCUUCCACUUAACAAUCCUUCAUCUGUUUGGAAAAAAAAAACAAAACAAGCAACUGUCCCAUAGGUCACUCCCAUCUUUUCUCUGUGCUAAAUACUCCCAACUUCAACUUUCCUCUUAACACGGUUUUGGUCCUGAUACUCUAGUUUGAGAAUGCCUUAAAAUGUGCCUAGAAAUGACCAGAGCACUCUAGACAUGCACCGAGCCAGAUAGAGGGAAGUGUGUCAUUUUCCUCACUCAGCAGUACAAAUGUUAGUUAUAGUUUAAUAUUAAUAUCAAGCAAUAUACUCUCACCCAAGCAUGUGCUUCUUAUGGCUUUUAAAAGAUGGAUUCAAGAGAAUGGCACUUACUUCAUCUUAUGCAUUUCGUAAGAUUCAGUUUUAUACAUAAAAAUACAACUUGGUCCAUAUUUUUUCCAUUGGUAGUGAUCCAGCCAGACAGGGCCUCCUCCCUUAUAGCCUAUCAGAGUGGUUCUUUUUGGGGGCUAUCUCCUUCCAUUCAGGCAUGAUUGUAUGGUGACAAUACAAUAGUAAAUGGCCUGCAGAGGUUCAAAAUAUUCAAGAGACUUCAAGGAAUGUGCUGAAGGUAGGAUGGUUUUGUUGUAGUUAUUUUUCGGUCAUGUCCUAUUCUGUGGCCUCAUUUGGAGUUUUCGUGGCAGAGAGAACAGAAUGGUUUGCCAUUUCCUUCUCCAGCUCAUUUUACAGAUGAGAGUGAGGCAAACAGGGUUUAGCAACCUGCCCAGGGUCACACAACUAAUGGCUAAGACUGAAUUUAAAGUCGGGAAGACAUAUUCCUGCUUCCAGUGCUGGUUCACUAUGUAUUUCACGACUACACCACCCAUCUACAGAGUGUUGACACAAUUAUUCAUUCUUUUCCACUAGCACUUUUUUUGUGUCCUGGGCCUCUUUGGCAGUCUGAUGAAGCCUACUGAACUCUUAGAAUAAUAUUUUUAAAUUCACAAAAUACAUAUGAUUGCAAAGAAAAUCAAUUAUGCUAAAAUAUAGUUAUCAAUGUAUUUAAAAAGAAAAAAUUUCAGGGACACUGGGUUAAGAACUCUUGCACUAAACCAAAAUGGCCAGUCAGUUGACUAGCUGUUUUUUUUUCUGUAAGCAAAGGAAAAUUCUUCCGUCUCAUUCUUAAAUUUCUGGCUGGCCUUCUGAUGCCUCAAGAAUUUUUGUAUUGAUUUUAAACUUCAAAACUACUGAGUUAAGUCAAUGAGUCUCCAUCCCCCCAUCCCCCCGUGACUUCUGUGUCAAGUUUGCCCAGAAUACUAGUCAAAACAAGUUUUUGAUUGUCUUUCUUCAGGGUUAGUCAUAGAAAAUCAAGCUACAUUCUUCUCUGUGAUCAUUUGCAGUCACCAACAAUAAUAAUUAUAGAAUCAUAAUUAUCCUUGGGCAAUUAUCUGGCUAUUUUGAUGAGGAUGAUCUUCUAAGUAGAAAGAAUCAGUCUUGAUUUCAGAAGCCUUCAGGGUAGAGUGAUAUUAAGCUUGUUCUUUAUUCUGAUGGAUUGAUUGGACAAACAUAGAGGGGAAAAUGUAUAGGCAACACAAAGAAAUUUUCAGAAAAUACAGUUUGUCUUUACAGGUCAGAACACUUGUCAAGAAAACAACUAAAUAUAAGGCAUUCUCCAUAUUUUGUCCAUAAGAACAGAGGUAAUAUAAAAGCAAAAUUUUAAAAAAAAUUGCCCAGUGUUGCUAUAGUUUAUUGAAAAGACUGAUAAUGUAAGCCUCAUAAAUCAUCUUUUUGUGAUUUAAAAACUAACCUCGAAAAUUUCAGGGAAGUUUUGCUCUUUGAAACAAAUGCAAAAAAACUAAAUGAAGUAUGCAGAAAAUUUAUUGCAUUGAAUUUGUAUAAUUACUUGUUUUAUUUCAAAAGUAGCUUUAAAAUUUAGUUUUUAUUUCUUUUAAUUUAACAAAUAAUAUUUCCCUUUUUAAUGGAGGCUAUGAUUGUGUGCUCCCCUUUUCUUUAUUCUGUAAAUGGUAAAUAUAAGAGAUGUUACAUAUGUUGAAUUAAUGUUGAGGUUAUAAUUUUCUGUCAUUUUUAGCAUAUUUUUAUUUCCUUAAGUCCCCUUAGUUCAAUUUCUUAAUGUUCACUGGUUUGAAAGGUUUUUGAUCUAGCCAUAAAAAAAAUUAACCAUAUCUGGAAAUACAUAUAAUUAUUUUGAGAACUUCUGGUGAUGUGAUAUCAAUUAUUUUCAAGACAGUUUGAAAGUAUAGUUGUUUUGGAUCAGACUUAAUGAUGUUACAGAUAGAUGAAAAAGUUCAUCUAAUUUAAGUACCUUUUAAUGAACUUUUAUUCAGUGUAAAGAUUGUAUUUUUUGACUCUUUUAUAUAAUAAUUCUUAAAUGAUUGAAUCCAUUUCUGUUGCCUUUGCAUUUACUUUUCCAAGAAAAGUGACCAUACUUUAAUUUCUCUUCCAUCUGACAAUAAGAUGCCAAAAAUUCUGUCUGUGAAGCUUCAAGUACCACUUUGGACUGUUCUCCUUCUUUAAAUACAGUGUGAAGAUAGAAUUACAAGGUUAUGUUGCUAUGGAGCUCCAUCAACAAGCAAGUUUUUAUUCCCCUAUUGGGUAAGCUUCAAGUAUGGUGAGUGGUAAAUUAUAUUCUACAAUUCUUCCCUUCACAAUCAAAAAUGAAGUUUAAUUCUCAGCUUCUAAACAAAAUAGUGGCACUGUUUUAUCACAAGAAGUCUCAGAGUCUCGAGGGAGGGCAGUGAUUUAAGAUGUUUAAGGAGAAAAUGCCCAUUUACAAAUAAGAGAGAUUCUAAUCUGAAAGGAUAUCUAGUACAGGCAACUAAAUAACCAUUACCCUUUUCUUCCUUGCCCUCUUUUCUCAUUCCUUCCUAUUUUCUUUUCAUUUCUACAUCAUAUUUUUCCUUCAAUUCCAUUUUUUUCUCUCCCUCAAUUCAUUAUGCUGAAGGAGAAAAAAAUGGAAUUUAUUUCAAAUGAUUCAAGAUUUAUACUUUCUCUGACCAAGAAUGGGCUGCCUUAGAAUUAAACUGGUGGUUCAGUACUGUUACCCAUUUGCCAUGUAAUAUAAAGCCAAUUCUAGCAUGGUAAUUAGGUAGAUUCCUUCCCACUAUCGUGGAACCUAUAUUUGGAGCAAGUAAUGGGUAACCAAAAAAUAAUAAAAGUCUAUGUUUUCAUUAA